AAUACGGGGGCUUGACAAACAGAUGAACAACUGGUUUGUCUAACGCCCCCCUGCAGCCCCAAAAACCAAAUAUUUUAUCCCCCUUGCCCCCAAACGGGGCAAGCCUUAACGGCAAAUAGAAAACCGAAGUCGCGUCAGUUCAACAACAUGAGCCGCCAGCUGAAGUUCCACCUCCAAGCACCCGACGACGAGCAGUUCCCACCGGACCUGGUGGAGAUUAACCUCAACCCCAACUGCGGCCAGGUCAAGCAGAAGUCCGCCCAGGCCCUGGACCAGCUGCUCCAGGCCACACCACCACACAGAGGCUAUCCCUACGGCUAUGCCGAGGACUCCGAGCCGGAGACCUACUUCUGCCGCAAGAGCAACUCCACGGGCCAGCUGGCCGAGAAGGUAUCGCCUCCGCCGCCCACGGCCACCAACAUCAGCUGCCUCCGACAGAUGUACUGUCCGGAGUGCCACGAGCGGUUGCACGAGCAGGGAGUCCGGCUGGAGCGACUCCUUACCAUGUGCUGCUUUGCCCUGCUGCCCAUCUAUCCCUGCUGCCCGAGGCGCUCCACCAACGACUGCAAGGUCAUCUGUGGCAAGUGUGGAUACCUCUUGGGGGCAUGGAAGCGACAGUGAGGUGGGGCGGGGAGAGGGGAAGGGGCCAUCGGAGUGGGUGCUCCGUUUGUAAUUGUUUGUUUUGUUUAGUUUUUAAGCACAAUUUUUGUUGACCUUGCGGCGAGUGAUGAGCGUCGAGAUUGAGUGCCAAAAAAUUUGUUGAUUUCUGCACGA